UUGCCCCGUUCAAUGUCAACAGAUGUAUUAUACCAAAUAUAGAAAAACUUCAAAACAUGAUUUUUAAGAAACAUCCACGAAAUGAAACGAUUGAAUUGGGGUCAUCUGUUGAAAACUUUGAAUCUAUAAAUAUUGAGUGCAUGAACCAAAACAUUCUCAGGGGUCAGAAUAGCUUAUUGUGUCGCGAUGGUAUGUGGAAUACAGAUUUUCCAAUAUGUGUCGGGAGUUUCAAUACAAACUAUUUGUAGAUACAGAUCACAAUAUCACAAAUGUCAGAAAGAUAUUAAUCCCGGUACUGAAAUUGAAAUCAUUUGUGCCCAUGGCUAUAAACGCAUUCCAAAUGAAAAACAGCAUAUAAAGUGUUUUGGAAAUAGUAGUUUUAAUGAAAUCCCCAUGCGCUGUAAACAGAAUUGUGGCAGAAUUACGUCUGAUGCGGAAAGUUUGUCUAGAAAUGGCAUUUCAAUCGAACUUAUUAUGGCUCCUUGGCACGUGUCCAUUUUCGAACUUGUCAACUCUGACUACGUUUACAUUUGCAGCGGUUCAAUUGUUUCGCCUCGUAUUAUCAUAACUGCUGCACAUUGCUUUUGGGAUGAGGCAAACCUAAAGAUUCAAAUGUUUACGAACUUUGUUAUUAAAGCGGGAAGCAGUACGAAAAUUUACUCAUUGCACGAUGGCAAAUCACAGAUUGUACAGGUUAAUCAAAUACAUAUUCCUGAGCGAUAUCGGGGAAGAGACAAUAAUCAGCGAGAUGACAUCGCUUUUCUAAAACUGAAUACUACCCUAAUUUAUACGGAAAAUAUUUCGCCCAUAUGCAUUCCAGAUGAGAUACUCAACACUGCAUCAAGUUAUGUUUUAUCUCAUCAGGAAGGUUUUAUUACCGGAUUUGGCAUCAAUAAUCAAUUAGAAAGACUUAAAAUGUUGACAUUAUCCCAUCAUGAUUUUCGCAAUAAAAGUCCAUCGGAUAUACAUCUAGCAAAUGAUAAGUUUUACAUUUACAAUAAUGAACUUAGCCUGGUGUGUCGUGGCGACAGUGGUGCUGGCUUUGUAGUUAAAGAUACGAAUUUAUAUGAUUACGAGGAUAAAUACCGAUUAUUGGGUGUUGUAAGUAAUACACCGACAACGAAAAAUGAUUGUACACCCGAAGGGGAGUACGUUGCAGUGACAAAUAUUUUUUAUAUACCUUGGGAAUUUAGUCGUCGAUUGGCCAAUGCCAUUAAAGAAGAUGAAGCAUUAUUUUAAAUUGAUUUAAUUAAAUACAUAAGUAAAUAAAUUGGAAUGAAUAUUCGUGCAUGGCCGGCCAUAUGAUAAUUUACAUCACUGGUUAUGAUAACAAGAAUAAAUCAUUUAAUUUGUUUUCUACCUUAAUUCCGAAAUAUCUUAAACAUUUUUUGACAUAAAAAAGUUUUUCUUAUAUGUUUUGUUAGAAGGAUUUUAAUCCUUCAAGUAAUAUAUGGGUCAAAUAAAUUCAGACUAUAUUAUUUAA